AUGCAAUCAAGUUCAUUACAUAAAUCAGCACAUGAAAUUACAUCGAGUGAAGCAUUUCAAAGAUUAUAUUUGAAUUUCAAUAUAAAUAGUCUGCCUUUGAUUCUGAUAAGAAAGAUUCUGGGUCACUAUCAAUCACAUUUCAAUACCAUUUGCAAGUUAUCAUCGCCAGGUUCCACAUGCCGCCGACUCGGUGAUUCCGCGCGAAAUCUACGAGAUGCUGGUGCCACCCAACACCGAGUCGCUUCACCACCUCUCGUUCUCCACCAAGCAAUCGAACCGCGCCGAUCUCUUUCACGUGCUCUCGGCGAUCUCUCCCAACAAAACACUUACAUCGCUCAAACUCUGCCAAACGAUCUUUCAGAUGCACUUGCACAAAACAAAUCACUGAUAUCACUCGAUCUCUCAAAGACACCGCUCGACCAGAUAGGCUUAGAAGGAAUCCUCUACAGUCUUUGUGAACAUCCAACCAUAUCGGUGGUCAACAUGAAAGGUAUCAGUCAACAAUCACAAAACAUGCUCGACAGUCUCAUACAAACAUUAGGAUUGAGAGCAUUAGUAAUGUUUUCUAAUAAAUAUUAA